AUGACGUCGCGCAACUCUCAGACUCCCGCGCCCGACGGCUCGCUCUCGCGCGCCUUCCGCGUGCCGUCGGCCACGCCGGCGCCGGCGCCCUACAUCAAGCCCGACCCCGAUGCAGCUCCUCGACUGCCGCGCGGCGCCUCCGCCACGCCUGCGCCCAUCUUCCAGCGCUCCAUGAGCGUGCGCCCGUCGAGCUCCAGCCGCGCAAGCAGCAUCGGACCGCUCCGCACGCGCGCCGGCACCGUCGACAUCCCUGCCCGGCCGCGCAGCAGCAUGUCUCGCAUGUCCACGCCGAUGCCCUUCCGCAAGUCGGCGACGCCGGCGGGACGAGCGCGCUCAGCCUCGGUCGGCGCGAGCCUGACCAAGACGCUCUCCUCCCGUGCGCCCUCUCGCAUGCCUUCUCGCGCGCCUUCUCGCGCACCUUCUCGCGCGCCGUCGGCCAUUCGCAGCCUCCUGGCGCCGCGCGCAGGCAGUGUCGCUCACCGCAGCGUCAGCCGUGCGCCGUCGGUCUCGCGUCGCGGACAGCAGCAGCCGAUGGAGACGCUCUACGAGGCCGGCCACGCUCGCGCUGCCAGCUGCGUCAGCUCGAUGCGCAGCACGCCUGGCAUGCAGUUUCAUCAAGUCAACGAGAACGUCGAGAUGCCGCCUCCUCGCGUGCGUGCUCCUGCGCCUCCGACUGCGGCUGUUGCUGUCGACUCGGACUCGGACUCGGACCCGGACACCGGCUUCGAGCUCGUCGCCACUGCGCUUGCGCCGCAGUACGACGUCGAGCCCCAGCGCGGCAAUACGAGCGCGCAGAUCCACAUCGAGGUGCUCGUGCGCGGCGGCUCCGGCGAGGUCAACUUCAACAGCCGUUUCAUGGUCUACGCCGACCAGAUCACAGCUUUCAAUAGAGGUCUCGACCAGAUGUUCCAAAGACUGCUGAACCGCUUCAGCGCGUGAAGCCAAGCUGGCAUGACACCACGCCCACACGUGUCAACUCAAG